AUGGUCACACACAAUGGGUUGAUGCGCGUAUUUUGGCCAUCAGACGCUCCCAGGGACUCUGCACCGGGUGUUCUGGUAGGCUUCAGAAACUCAAAGUCGGAUGUCUUUGUCGUCGGUGUGCUACAAGACGUCGAGUUGCGCCAGGUCGAGAAUGCACUGCUCGUGGGAACCUUGCUGCGACACAGCCCCCACGAUAUCCAAGAACUACUGCAGCGAUGUGGACACUCCUCUGUGCGCGCGCUGGGCUCCGUUAAUCCUAAGAGGCCAGCCGAUCAAUCUGGCGCCGACCUUCUCACAGUCCAUACCGACCCUUCGCUCCGCUUCCCGCGCCUUCAUCACCCCGACGAUGCCCUCAUAACCAUGCAAGUCAUCGUCUACGACCGACCGCACCCAACGCGUAUGCAAUACCUCUCACUCAAGCCCAUCACGCUGGCUCUGGGGGACAAGACAAAGGUCGCAGAAUGGGACGUGGCUUUCGAAGAGCUAGAACGAGCAGAAGAGAGGGAACGUAAGAGGAAAGCACACCUUGUCGAAAAACUGAAGCUACACAGAGUGAUUGCACAUCCUCGCACACAGAAAGAGCUGGCGUUGCCCAUGAUCAUUGAGCAGGUCAACUGUUCGUACGAACUGAACGCCCUACUGCAGAAGAAUAUUGGCAUGAUUGGCAGACGCAUGAAGCGAGCUCUGAGCGUCAGUGAGCGCGUCGUUGAGUCGGCCAACAAUCUCUGGGAUUACAUCUGGCUUGUACUCCACUAUGCAUUCAGAGUCUGGAUAUGGCCCAUAGCUGCGCAGUUGUUCAUUUUUGGGCUGAUUACACACCGCAUAAUGGGCGAGGCAGUUCUUCAGGUUCUGCAUUGGCGGCCAGGCUCUUCUGACUCGCCAGCCCUGAAAGACAUCUCUGCAACAGCACAGCAGAUCGACAUCAGAUUGCAACAGUCUUGCUACUGGCCCAUCCAGUAUCUCACCUUGCGCAGAAGGAAGAUCGAUUGGGAAAGCAUCACCAACAGUCACCCAGAAUAUAUCAGAUUCUACAAUAGCCUUUGGCUGGUUGCUAAUGAUGUCAUAAUGGGCAUUGCUGUCGGAACAUUCAUCAUCGAGAAUGCUUCAUUCGUGGCGGCUCAAGUCGACACCAUUUUCAGCACCUGGUCGGUCGACGGGCUGCGGCGUAUGAUAUCAUGGCUCAUGGGCUGGCCUGGAGGCUUGAAAUUGAACACUGAGUUGGCUGCAUUCCUUGGCGACCUGUUUCUGUGGGUCAUCGACUACUGGGCUGGUAUGUUCGUUCUACUGUCAUUCAAGAGUUUUUACUGA